AUGAAACAAGUAUUAAAAGUUAUUAUUGUGGUAUUUGUUAUUGAUACUAUAAAAUGUCACGUGACAUCUUCAACAAAAUCAGAUUCGACCACUAUACUGCCAGAAAAUCAGCCGAAUAACGUUUCGGAAAUAAAAAUUAGUGAAAAGAAAACACAAAUUCCAAAAACAGUUAGUGUGAAUGAGACUAGAAUAUAUCUUGACAAUGUAUUAUUCACGUUAAAGAAUCAAAAUUGGACUGAAGAAGAAUUGCCAUGUUUAAACAAAACCUUACGACUACUUCACGAUUUACAAAACUUCACCCUUUGGGCGGUUUGGGAUUGGGACUCAAUAGCAUCACAGCCCCAAGGGUUACUUUAUGGCAGCAGGUACCAUCUUGGUAACUAUGACGAGUGUAUGAAUGCACCGUGGUACAAAAAAGAACCUGAUUUGAGAACUCAGUACUGUUUAGCAGAUAUAGAACUAGAAAGAACUGAUAAAAGUGUGAAGAAGAGGAUAUCUGACCCAUUUGAUCCAUAUCAGUCUGCUUUAAACGUUUUGGAGUACCAAUCCGAUUUCCUUCGUCCUUACAAUAAGUUGACAUGGGGAGUUUGUGCGCCAGCUGUCUGCCUGCCUCGGUCAGUGGAGAGGCUGACGAGAGUGUUGUUGAUACACAGCCAUCUCGGUACCGCAGGACUUAGAGCUCACAUCUCAAUCAAAGAGAAAUGCCAAAAAGUCAAUGAAACAAUGGAGUACGAUGGAUUAUUUUAUGGUUUUAUGGGAAUGGCUGUAAUUUUAUGUUCAGUUACCUUGAUAUGUACCAUCAUAAGGCACCAAACCGAAAAUUGCGACAAGAAUAAACUUGGGAACAGGAUAAUCGCGGCUUUUGAUAUGAAAGUGAAUGCGAAAAAUCUUUUGAAAGUUUCUGAUGAAAGCUUAGAUGUUCUGUAUGGAAUUAAAUUUCUAACAAUGUGUAUUAUCGUGUCUGCUCAUCAAUUUGGAAUAUUUAAUGGAGGACCAGUUAGUAAUGGCUUCAAAGUCGACGAGGAAACAACGACAAUAGCUGGUAUGAUAAUGCUUCACGAAGACGUCGUUGUAGACUCUUAUUUUGCACUGUCCGGACUCUUAACAGCGAUGUUUCUUAUUAAGACAAAACGAUUGCCUAAUAUUUUCUUACUUUUUCUAAGACGAUAUGUCAGAUUGAUAGUAGCAUAUGCUAUAGUCAUAUUCUACAUUUGCGCGAUCUUUCCCUAUACUGGAUCUGGUCCCUUAUGGUAUAGAGCCAUUGCCGGAGACACGGAGCAGUGUCGAAAAAAUUGGUGGAUCAGUCUACUAAUGCUGAGUAAUUACAUCGAUAGUGAAAAUAUUUGUUUAGUCAUAAGCUGGUACAUACCAUGCGACUUCCAUUUCUUCGUAAUAACGGUCCUACUGUAUGUGUUGUAUAAAAAACAACCUUCGAUUGGAAAAUUAUUUUUUAUCAUCAUAGCAAUAGCUUCUAUCGUCACUCCAGGAGUCAUAAAUUAUCUGUACAAUUUACCAGCUAUUCAGUUAUUUACUUAUGAUUUUAUUUCCAAUCCACGAGGACCGCUACAGUUUCACAUGACGUAUAUCAAGAGUCACACGCGCUACGCCGCAUAUUUAAUAGGCUUCUUAGCUGGUUAUUUGCAUAUAUACUGUUCCUCUUCAAAUAAUUACAGCAAGAUACCUCGGCAAUGGUCCAUACUUGGAGCAUAUUUCAGUAUUCUUAUAAUGGGUGUAGUAAUGUUCACUGGUCCACUGUUCCUGUGGCGUAGCUACGAUGUCCUCGAAAGCGCUAUUUAUGCGGCUAUAAACAGACCAGCGUGGGCCGCCUCUCUAAUGUUAUUUGUCAUGUGCUGCUCAUUGGGACAUGUCCCAAUCCUCAAAAGCUUUCUAAGUUGGUAUCCCUGGGUGCCGUUAAGCCGCCUUUCGUAUGGACUCUACCUCAUUCAUACCGUGUUCAUCUCCCGCAAUGUCUACGUCACGAGAAACCCACAACAUCAUGACUAUAUGAAUAUUAUAACGUCUACCCUCGGAAUCAUUUGUGAAGGCUGUAUUUUUGCGCUUAUCACGUGGCUCGUAGCUGAAGCUCCUAUCAACAAUCUACUCGUCAUUUGUCUUACACCCAGGCCUAAAAGUUCGGGAGAGACCGAAACUAAUCAAGAAGUUCAACGACCAACUAGUAGUGCUAAUUAUACGAAUAAUGGUUACCUACAAGAGAAUUUACAGCCGAGUGUACAAAUUAUAUCUUCAAAAAUU